UUACAUUGAAGCGAAGCAUCGACACAUCCUGUCAAGAUUCUUUUGCUUUUUAAGGUCACUACUGUGCCGAGUAAUCUGUGUAGCAUCACUACUCUACAUAAGGGAGUCGACUACCAACAGACCACAACUUUAUUCAGGAAGACAGUUGCUGUUUGAAGUAAACGCUAGUAGGAUCCUUAUUUGACAAGAACGCACUAGCUACAAGUUAGCUAACUGGCUAAUUAAGCUGUUCGUCGGAGUUUUACUCUCACUCAGAGGGGAUGGAGAAAGCUAAACAAGAUGCAUUCGACAAUGCCAGACUGCAAGUGAUCAAAGAUGGCUAUGAGAGAGCCUUUGAGUGCAUCAAUAAAGGACUGACAGCAGACGAAGCUGGAGACAAGGCACAGGCCCUGGAGCUCUACAAGCGAGGGCGACAGCACCUUCUCAGAGCUAUCAGUGUGCCUUCACAGGGAGAGGAGUGUGUGGGCGGCUCCUGGGAAUCAGCCAGACAGAUGCAGCAGAAGAUGCAGGAGACACUGAACAACAUCACCACUCGCCUGGCCAUACUAGAGACCAGCUCUGACCUUGGAUCUGCACCUAUGUUGAGUACUACAAGUGUGUCUGGCCCUGGUGCUACAGACAUGUCUGCAGAAUGUCUCUACCCAAAACUCCCCACCAAAGAGAAGCCAGAGAGGCCAGCUCCACCAAGCCUACUCUCUGCUAAUGGUCAUGCAGCAGGAGCUGUAGGAGGCAUACCUACAUGCAGUGGUGUGGGUCUUCCUCUUUCUCCUACCAGACAGCUUGUGGUCCCAGCCGAACAGCCUCCAGCUUACUCUCCUCAGGCGGCUGAUGGCCACUUAUCUAUUUCAUAUGGAACAGAAGCAGGGGAGAUGUCGCUGGUUGGGGAUGAGUUCUACAGUCGCACAUCUAACUCGACACCAUCCCCCCAGAGUAUGGGCGAAGAGGGAGAGGAGCUGCUCUACAUCCCUCAUGGUGUGCAGAUAUUCUUUGUGACACCGGAAGGUCAAGUGAGCGCUCCAUCGUACCCAGGUUACCUGCGGCUGGUGAGGUUUACCAGCGAUCACUCUGACAGAAUGCCUAACCGACCACCAGCAUUUCUGCAGGUGUGCGACUGGCUCUACCCUCUCAUGGCGAUGGACUCUCCAGUGCUGCUGUGUAACACUGGUGUGUUUAUGUUUCCGGACAUGAUGGCGCCAGCUGCAGGCUAUUAUGUGGGGGUGGUGUUGUCCUCUGAGCUGCCUGCUGCAAACAGAGAACUGUUUCAAGACCUACUGUCCCAAAUGACAGAUCUCAGGGUUCAGGCUUCAGAUGAAGCUGCGGACACCAUUAAUCUCAGUCAGAAAGUGUCCAUCACUACACCUGAGGAGGCUGUACCAGCGGAGACCGAGGAGGAUAAAGCUCUGCCUGAGUGGAGUGAAAAAGUGGCAAAUGGCAUCCUGACAGGUGCGUCCUGGUUAAGCUGGGGUCUGGUGAAAGGAGCUGAGUUCACAGGCAAAGCUAUUCACAAAGGGGCAUCUAAACUCAGAGAACACAUCACUCCAGAGGACAAACCCACCAACGUCAGCCCCACCGUCUCCAAAGGCCUCCAUGUUGCCAAACAAGCCACUGGGGGAGCCGUCAAAGUCAGCCAGUUUCUAGUGGACGGGGUGUGUACUGUCGCUGGCUGUGUGGGUCGGGAGUUGGCUCCACACGUGAAAAAACACGGAGGCAAGCUGAUCCCAGAGUCUAUGAAGAAAGACAAGGAUGGGCGUUCCAACAUAGAUGGAGCCAUGGUGGUGGCUGCCAGUGGAGUGCAAGGAUUCGCAACCAUGUGGACUGGUUUGGAAGUAGCAGCAAAGAACAUUACCACGAGUGUAGCCUCAGAGACCGUCACCACAGUAAAACACAAGUACGGGGCCGCAGCAGGACAAGCCACAGACCACGCUGUCAAUUCUGCCAUUAAUGUGGGUAUCACUGCCUUCAACAUUGACAACCUGGGGAUCAAAGCUGUGGUAAAAAGGACUGGCAAACACACAGCGCAGGCCAUUUUGGAAGACUACAAGCUUCAGGAAAAACCAGAUAACGGGAAGCAAGUGGAGAAAUCAGACAAAUAGCCGGUAGUGCCCUUCUUAAUUCCCUCAGCAAUGCCUUAAAGCCGAUUUUUUUUUUUUUUAUUCUUCUUCUAUCAGAUAAAUCUAUAUUUAAUAUAAAUUAUUUAUAAAACAUGUACCAUAUGCAAAAGAUAACAACUGUUAUAUUCAUAUCCUACAGUUUGAUGCAGCUCUUUAAGCACUUUAAUUUUUAUGUAAAAUAAGGUAGAUGGACCUAAAUGUGAAGCAACAAAAAGGAUAUAAAACACAUAUUAAAACAUUAAUCUAUAUAGCAUAUUGAUACACAGUAUAACAUUCAGGUAUUAUCACUUGACUUGGAAGAUAACAGUUUAACUCUGCUGUUUGUUUUAACAAAGCAUUGAAUGGUUGUUGACUAGACACUGGAAACUUUCCUCAUCUUAAAGAAACAUCUGUGUGUGUUUGAGUUUUUCCCUGGUAGGGUAAGUGCAAUUUAUAUACUUUGAAUGAAUGAUAAAAAAAUAUCUGUAUGUCAAUAUCUUCAGAUACAACGUUUCAGACAAAAGUGAGGUGUUUAAAAUGAGAAGUAAUCACUGCUGCUGACUGUGCCUGCAAAUAUCAAAUGAUAUGCAAAAAUCUAAUGUUUUGUAAAACUAAAGCUGCUAAACUUGUCCUUAGUCUAUUAUGUCUUUUUGUUCAAUCAUAAACAUGUAGCAAGCGAGCUUUUGCUGUGUAAAGCUGUAAAACUGAUUUGUUCUGCUACAAUCUGCAGUGCUGUCUUGUGCAUUUCAGUCCACUUGUAACCACAUAUUUUCAGAAAUGUUAGUUUAUAAUAUUAAUAUUUCAUAUUAUAUUUCAUAUAAAAAUCUAUGUAGAUUUUAAUGUACCGACAACACAUUUAACUAAUGUGAAUUUUGAAGUGCGAUGCUUGUUUCCAAACCAGUGGAGUUUUUUGUUUUUGUUUUUUUGAAUGAAGUGACCUGGUUUGUCAGACUCCAGCUUUAAGCCCUCAGUAGGUAAUUGUUAUUUAACUGGUUGCGCACUGAGAUUUUAUUCACCAAUUGAAAUAAUGGAACUUUUCUGAAGAAAUAAAAUGUUUAAAAGA